AGCUAGCAGCUAGGCCAGGCCUGGAAAGAAACCCCGAGCAAAAAAAACCUUAUCUUUAUCCUAUCCCGUCCCCAAUCCCACCUCCGCGAGCGAGAGAAGGAAGACGAAGAAGAUGCUGCUGGGCUCCUCCUUCGCGUCCCCGUUCACCCAGCUCCACCUCUCGCCGGGCCCCAAUGCGGGGUCGACGGCGCGGCCGGCGGCGGGGCUGGUGCUGAGGAUCGAGGCGGCGAAGCAGCUGACGGGGCGGGUGGUGACGACCAAGGCGAACAAGACGGUGGGGGUGGAGGUGGCGCGGCUGAAGCAGCACCCCAAGUACCACCGCCGGGAGAAGAUCAAGAAGAAGUACCAGGCGCACGACCCCAACAACCAGUUCAAGGUCGGCGACUUCGUCGAGCUCGUCCGCUCCCGCCCCAUCUCCAAGACCAAGCACUUCCUCGCCGUCCCCGUCCCGCCCCGCGACACCCGCCGCAAGGCCCAGCUCCUCCCCCCGCUCGAGUCCCAGUCCGGCGACGACUCCGCCGCCGCCGAAGAGACCGCUGCUGCCUAGUGAUGCUUCUUGCUUUUGUUUCCCCCAUUCUCUUCUCUGUUAAUUAAUCGUCGUUCCCUUUGCUAUUGCUGUUGUUCUUGCUCCCCUGUAGACUGAAUGAACGGCGAUAUUAUUCGGUACCACUCGGCUCUGAAACUUGUACUUUUUCUUCUUCUUCCUGCAGCAAGAAUUUAUUGUAUACUAUACUUGGUUGCAUUUUUGGAGUAUUAUUUGUUGUUAUAA